AUCAAGCAACACUUGUUCUUCAAGCUCAAAACUUGUCUUCCCCCUCUCUCCUCCUCGGAACGCCAUUCGCAUGCAGUUCUCGCACAACACACUGCACAAUUAUAUUUCAAAGCGCAACCCAUUUCAACAUUUCAUCAUUUUUCUCGUGUAACCACCCCCUCACCCACGAACCCAUCCCAUGAAUUUCCCAAAAUGCCCUCAACCCAGAACCCCCUCUUCUCCUUCCUCCUACAUUCCACCCCACCGUACCCAACUGCACCCUCGCAUGAUCUCCCUCUACUCUUCUUCUUCUUCUUCCCUAAAAUAUCCAAAUCCCAACAACAAACCCCACAACGCCAAAUGCCUCUUGUUCUUCUUCGCCCUCCUCUUCUUCACCGCCCCCUUCCUCUUCUACCUCUUCUCCACCGCCCUCCAACUCUACUCCUCCCCCAAAUUCGCCGACUCCCGCCCCUACUCCUUUGCCCUCGCCCUCCGCGCCGGCCCCCACGCCCUCCGUCUCUCCGUCUUCCACUUCCUUGGCCCCGCCCGAGCCCUCCUCGCCGCCGCCCACUCCGCCGCCGCCUCCCCCGGCUUCCAAGCCGCCCCCGAUGCCCUCCGCGGCGCCGUCACGGAGCUCAUCGAGUUCGCCAAGGGGAGGGUGCCCAUGAUGGAAUGGGGAAACACCAUGGUGCGGCUGGACGCCACUGAGGAGCUCGAGGGGCUGGGCGCCGAGGAAGCGGAGAAGGUUCUGGAAUGUUUUAGACAGGCUUUGAGAGUGUCCGGAUUCUUGUUUAUGGAUGAAUGGGCACGAGUAAUUUCUGGGGAAGAACAAGGCAUCUCUUCUUGGGUUGCUGUAAAUUAUGCUCUUGGAAACUUGGGACGUGAGCCUCAAGAAACAACUGGAAUAGUUGAACUUGGUGGGGCUUCUUUGCAGGUUACAUCAGCUAAACUUAAUGCAGAUAUAGCUCAAUCUUUGCACACUAUAAGAUUGUCUGGGGUUAUGUACAACCUUUACACUCGGAGUUUGCCACAACUGGGUCAGGAUAUGGUAUGGAAAUCAUUAGAGGAGCAACUGAAAUAUAGAGAGUUGAAGCUUUCUUCAAAAUCUAGCAAAGGAAAUAUAAUUAAUCCUUGCAUUCCUAGAGGGUAUGAGUAUCCUCAGAUCUCUAAUGCAAGUGAUGUAAAACACCCACUCUUCCAACCAGAUGGGAAUUUCUCAGCAUGCAGGUCCGAAGCUCUGUCAUUGUUAAAGAGAACAGAAGAUAGAUGCCUGCAUCCACCUUGUAAAAUUACUUCAUCCUUUUAUGAGUUAUUAGGCGAACAAGAUUCAGAAAGCUUCUUGUAUACUUCUGAGAUUCUUAGGAUGGCUCCUAGGACUUCUUUGUUUCAAUUGGAGGCAGAAGGCCAACAUUAUUGUGAAGAUCAUUGGGAUGCUCUUAAAAAUCAGCAUAAUGAAGUUGAUUAUCUGGGUUUAUUGAAGUAUUGUUUCUCUUCUGCAUAUAUGCUAGCAUUACUGCAUGAUGUUCUUGGGAUUGCUAUGGAAGAGAAAAGGGUUGGAUUUGGGGACCAGAAAAUUAACAGUCAUGUUGAUUGGACGCUUGGAUCUUUCAUAAUUGAAACAAUGGCAGAACCCCUUGAAUUGGAACAUAUAGAUACAGGGAUGAUUGUUGGCAAUGAAUCACUCACAUAUUUUUCAUUAUUUGCAUUUCUUUUCUUAUUCAUACUUGCUGCAUUCUUUGUGAUGCAAUGGAGAAAGCCACAAUUGAAGACGGUAUACGACCUCGAGAAGGGACGAUAUAUUGUUACACGUUUACCCAAGUGACUCUGAUACCUCUUCCUAGAAUUUGUUAGAUUCAAUUUUCCUCAUUUUUGCAGAACAUGCAUGUUGAUGUGCUUUUCAUGUUCAUCCAAAACAUCUCAGAGAAACGUCUAAGCUCCAGGGCAACAUUGAUAUUUACUUGGCAGAUUACAGUGAAAGGACCAUUCUCUGGAGUAUGUAGAGAUUGCUCAUUGAUAUUUGGCUGUUUCAUUGAUAUUUGUAAUCUAUAGGGGUGAGUAGUUAGAUGGUUAUGGUAAAUUAGGUAGUUAAUUAAAUUUUACCUAGUAUAUAAGUCCCACUGUAUCCUAAUAGUUAAUUGAUUUUUUUUAAUAAUUUCGUCAAAUUGAUAUUGAGUUUAAUGUUUAUCCAUUGAUAGUGUAAAACUGUUAUUUAAUCAUAAAUCAUCGUUUGAAUUACUUA